UUGUUUGGGUUGGGGGUUGUGUGGGGGGGGAGGGAGGGAGAGGCUGAGACUGGACAUCAAUGUCACAGCCACAUCACUGUUGGACCUAUUGGUGUUUGAGGAGGCGAUGCCGUGCGCAGAGAUUAGUUGCGCUGCCGGGUUUCGCCCACGGAGCGCAGGGCCCGCUGGCUCUACGGUGUAACACGUGUUCCGUGAGGCGCUCCGAGGCGGCUCGAAGGUGCGAUCAGGAGCUGCGUCAAACGCAAGGAUUGUCGUCGUAAUUAUCGUCGUCGCUGCGGGACGCGCCGCGUUAAAUGUUUGCGUGGGCGCGACCGUAAUUGUUCGGUAAUGAUCGGGGAAAACCCAGGAGCCAUCGGUCUAGAACUGCGUUCAUCAAGAGAUUUUACAGCCCGUGUACUAACUUCUAUCAAGGUAGAAGACUUACGGGGUAAUAAAAUAGCUCUAUAAAAAUAAUAGCGCUGUGGAAAUAUUUCCAAAAGUAGAGUUAUCGUUUUACUCUGGUUUAUAAAAGACGUUCUUACUUAUUAAAGAAAAAAACAAACUGUAAAACAAACCAAACUGAAAGCACUCAUUUAAAAAAGAGAAGAGGUGAGAUAAUGGCCUGAACAUACAUCUGGGUCAGAAGAAACAUAAACUGUCGGUUUAGCAAUGGAAUAGAGAAUGACAACUAAAAUACCACAGAUCAGUAGUUAUGGGCUAGAAGUUGGUUGAGAGAAAGAGAUUGCAAAUCAAAUAGUUGAUUUUUCACGGGUUAGGGUCAUCGGUUGUUGAGGGGUAAAGCAAGGGUUCAACUUAAUUCAUCAAAUGGCACUUCUUUCCUGAAGCAGAAUCAUAGAUACAGAAAAUGAGACGAAGUCUUGCUCCCAGUCAGCUUGCCAAGCGGAAGCCAGGACAUGUGUCUGAUGAUGAUGAUGAUUAUCAUUAUGAUCUGCAUCGAAAAAGGCGAAAGCCGGAAGGCGAGCGAAGCAGCGACAGCUUUGUGUCACAGUUUCGGAAACCACUUGCACAGCUCACUAAUCGACCUGUAUGCCUUGACAGUAGUCAGCAUGAGGCUUUCAUCCGCAGCAUCUUGGCUAAACCCUUUCGAGUGCCCAUUCCAAACUACACAGGUCCUCUCGGACUAAAGGCACUGGGCAUUAAGCGUGCAGGAGCGAGGCGAUCACUCCAUGAUCCUUAUGAAGAAGGCGCUUUAGUGCUCUACGAGCCACCACCUCUGAGUGCACAUGACCAACUGAAAGCAGACAAAGAGAAGCUUCCGGUACAUGUGGUGGUUGAUCCCAUUUUGUCUUCUGUCUUAAGACCUCAUCAGAGGGAGGGAGUAAAGUUUAUGUGGGACUGUAUGAUGGGUCAUCGCAUUGAAGGCAGCUAUGGUUGUAUCAUGGCAGACGAGAUGGGAUUAGGGAAGACUCUGCAGUGCAUUGCCUUGAUGUGGACCCUUUUGCGGCAAAGUCCAGAUGUCAAGCCAGAGAUUGAGAAAGCUAUUGUAGUGUCACCAUCCAGCUUGGUCAAGAACUGGUACAAUGAGGUGGGGAAGUGGUUAGCAGGAAGACUACAGCCACUGGCCAUUGAUGGAGGAUCAAAGACAGAGAUUGACACUAAACUAGGUAUGUUCAUGAGCCAGUAUGGACAGCGUACCUCAAAUCCAAUCCUCAUCAUUUCUUAUGAGACGUUCAGACUUCAUGCUGAAGUGCUUUGCAGGGGGAAUGUCGGUAUGGUCAUCUGCGAUGAGGGACACAGACUGAAGAAUUCUGACAACCAGACAUACCAGGCUCUCAACAGUCUGAAAGCCAAACGCCGGGUGCUAAUUUCAGGAACUCCAAUCCAGAAUGACCUGCUUGAGUACUUCAGUCUCGUACAUUUUGUUAAUUCAGGGAUACUCGGGACUGCCCAAGAAUUUAAAAAGCGAUUUGAAUUGCCAAUCCUGAAGGGCCGCGAUGCAGAUGCAAGUGAGAGUGAAAGGCAGCGUGGGGAAGAGAAACUGAAAGAGCUGAUCAGUGUUGUGAAUGGUUGUUUGAUCCGACGAACAUCGGACAUUCUAUCGAAAUACUUGCCAGUGAAAAUUGAACAGGUUGUCUGCUGCAGACUUACUCCACUGCAGAUAGAAUUGUACAAGCUGUUCUUGAAACAGGCCAAGCCCAUGAUGGAACAAAUUAACAGUGGAAAGAUGAGUGUCUCCUCCCUCUCUUCUAUUACUUCACUGAAGAAACUUUGUAACCACCCUGCACUGAUCUACGAGAAAUGUGUGGAAGGUGAGGAGGGAUUUCAAGGAGCAGUUAAUCUUUUUCCUUCAGGAUACUCCACAAAAUCUGUAGAACCCCAAUUGUCAGGGAAGAUGCUGGUCCUUGACUAUAUAUUAGCCAUGACUCGAAGCACUAGCUCUGACAAGGUGGUGCUGGUAUCCAACUAUACACAGACAUUGGAUUUGUUUGAGAAGCUCUGCAGAACCAGGAGGUACCUAUAUGUCAGACUGGAUGGCACCAUGUCAAUAAAAAAGAGAGCCAAAAUAGUGGAGCGUUUCAAUAGUCCAGCAAGCCCUGAGUUUAUCUUUAUGCUGAGCAGCAAAGCUGGCGGAUGCGGCUUGAAUCUGAUUGGCGCAAACCGGCUGGUGAUGUUUGAUCCAGACUGGAAUCCAGCCAACGAUGAGCAAGCAAUGGCACGUGUCUGGCGCGACGGGCAAAAGAAGAUCUGCUACAUCUACAGGCUUUUAUCAACCGGGACGAUCGAGGAGAAGAUUUUGCAGCGCCAGACACACAAGAAGGCACUGAGCAGUUGUGUGGUGGAUGAGCAGCAGGAUGUUGAGCGGCACUUCUCCCUUGGAGAACUUAGGGAACUCUUUACUCUGAGCGAGGGCACCUCCAGUGACACACAUGAUAGGUUCAAGUGUCGUCGAUGUGUGAAUGGCCGUCAGGUGCGACCUCCUCCCGAGCAUUCUGAUUGUACGUCGGAUCUCUCUCAGUGGAGUCACUGUACAGAUAAGCGUGGACUGCGAGACUCCGUCCUUCAGGCUGCAUGGGAUGCUGCAGUCUCCUUUGUGUUUCAUCAUCAUUCCCAUGAGGAGCAGCGAGGGGUUGUUUGAAUGUAAAUGCAGAUGCCAUUCCAGAUCUUCAGAAAUUCGACUACAAAUGUAGAUUGUCAACAGGUUUUUGCUUUGUGUGGUGAAACCCUGAGAUUCAUUAAGGAAUGUGAUUGACUGCUUCGUUCACCUUGACCAAGACUUCCACUUGAUAUAAUUUACAUACUAAAUACAUUAUGACUUGUACACAUUCAUUCAUUCUUCGGAGGUGGUGCUUUUGGAUCAUUUCUACAGAGUAAAAUAUUCCCAGGAGUUCAGUGUAUUGUCGUAGAACAGUAAGCACAGUGUAUUAUACAGAGAAGUUACAUGAACUUCAGAAUGAAUGGAAGAUAAUUCACUCGUGAAUGAAACCAUGUUGUACAGCAGUGAGAAUUGUGCAAUAAGUGCUUCUAAUGGGCAGACACACCAAUGCAUACGGAUGGAUAUUUGAAAUAUCAUUAUUCAAGUGACUUCCCCUUCUACUACCCUCAUUGUUCCACUUAAAAAGGUUUUUUGUAUAGUUAUCAUGAGGGGCGGGUUCUCUCCAAUUUGCUUUCCUCUUCUGAAGUUGACUUCAGUCACAGACGUAACAUAGUCAGUGUCAGUAAACUGUUUGACUGGGGGCAUCACAGCUGAGCUUGAUCCUGUCCUUGCUUGAUUUUAUAGCAAGGAUCAUUGGAUAAUGAUCAAGAAUAGUCACUUGACGAAUUAUUUUUUCUCCCCACCUCAGGGCAUUGAGUCCAACUGUAAUGCCACUAUCACUGCUCUGGGUCAGAUCAAAUCAGGAGUCAAACUUGCAAUAUCCCAAGUCUAUGUGAUUGAGUUUUACUCCAGGCAGUGCCUUCACCAACUAAACCAUUGCAGAGAUGUUGGUAUAAUUUUUUUUCUAUGCACCUUUAAGACAGAUUUUAGUCAUACUUUGUACAAACAUUUAGUGUGUUCAUUUCAAAUGUUAUUAUGUGAACCACAAGAUCUUUAUUAUUAAAUAUUCCCC